GCAGAGGCUCCCAGCCUGGGGCCAGUCCCCCCACACACAGAUCCCAUCGUGCCUGCUCGGAGAACAUCUUGGAAGAGCUACUGGAGAGCCACUGGAGGACAGAACAUUUACCAGGAGUGAGAAAAGACAAUGGAUUCAGACUUUUUAAAUGUGUUUACACAGCCUUCUACAGUUGAUCAGUUCCUAAAUGAGACCGUCAUUGCUAAAGGUGAGAAGAGGAAACUCAUAAAACCCACCUCAAGCAACAAUCCCAAGUUGGAACAAUUAAAACAGUUUUUGAUUGACUGGAUUAACAGAACUCUGCAAGAGGAACACAUAGUAGUUAAAAGUCUGGAAGAAGACCUGUUUGAUGGGUUGGUACUUCAUCACCUCUUGGAAAAGCUGGGGUCCCUCAAGCUGGAUGUCGACAAGAUCGCGUUGACGGAGAAGAAGCAGCGGCAGAAACUCUCUGUGCUCAUGGCAGCUGUGGCCAAGUGUCUGCAGCUGGAGGAGGGUCAGCUGAAGUGGAGCGUGGAAUCUAUCUUGACAAAGGACCUGCUGAGCACACUGCACCUGCUGGUUGCAAUAGCAAAGCACUUCAAUCCCAACCUGGCUCUGCCUCCAAAUGUUCAAGUGGAAACAAUCACCAUUGAGAACACCUCCAGAGGAUUAAAGGCAUCAAAUGCGGUGGAAAAUAUCACAGACAACAAAGAGAGCACAGAAGCGCAGUCAAAUGAUGCCUUUGAUGAAUUAUUUAGCCGUGCUCCAGAUAAACUGGAGGCUGUCAAAAAGGUGUUUUUGCAAUUUGUCAACCAGCACGUUGGAAAAUUAGGAUUAAGUGUGAAAGACAUUGAAUCUCAGUUUUCAGAUGGAGUUAUCUUACUUAUCUUAAUUGGACAACUGGAGGGUUACUUUCUGAAUCUGAGGAACUUCUUCCUGACUCCAGCCAGCACCACGGAGAUGCUCCACAACGUUAACCUUGCCUUGGACUUGCUGGCAGAUGGAGGUCUUCUGAAUUUUUCAGUGAACUCCGAAGAUAUUGUGAAGGGAGAUAUGAAGACUACAAUGAGGAUUCUCUAUUGCUUGUAUUCCAAGUACAAGACCAAAGAAGCAUGAAGGACAAGGCCAAAAGCUUGAGCUUUUAUUUUUUUUUCUCCCCCAGCAUGUCACGGCGUGAUUUUUGGAUUCCCAGCUCUGUUUUCCGCUGCUUCUGUGCCUGAACUCGUGUUUGACACUUGCUGUGUUAACAUUGCAUGUGCAAGUCUGUUAU